UUGUAGUUAUUUGGCCGAUUCAGUAUUGAGCAAUGCAAUCGGAGACUACUUCAGUUCCACAUCACAAGCCAAAAGCUGGAAAGAAGGCGGCUUUAAAAAAGGCUUCUGCCAAAGCAGAACGUAAAUUGCGUUCUUUGGGCCUUGAGCAAGUUAGUCAUUCGAAUGUUCCAAAGAAGGAGAAAAAGGCAGUUUCAGGCCCUGUGGCCAUGCAACGUAAAAUAAAGGCAUCGGCUGAGAAAGAGAUGCUAAGAGCGCACUUAGCUGUUCCCGACCGCACCGGUGGACAUGAAGCUCCUCGUAUAGUUGUAGUGAUGGGGCCCAAAGGUGUUGGAAAAUCCACCAUUAUUCGUUGUCUCGUGAAGCACUAUACAAAGAAAAAGGUCGGUCAAAUAGUUGGACCAAUCACUGUUUUGAGCGGUGUCAAGAAAAGACUCAGUUUUUUGGAAGUUGGUGGAGAACUUCCAUCUAUGAUCGACGCAGCAAAGAUUGCUGAUCUGGUUUUGCUUGUAAUUGACGCUAGCUUUGGUUUUGAAAUGGAAACUUUCGAGUUCUUAAAUAUAUGUUCAGUCCAUGGAAUGCCACGUGUGAUUGGCAUCUUGACUCACUUGGAUAAGAUUCGCGAAGGGAAACAGAUGAAGAAGAUGAAGAAGCAUUUGAAGAAUCGCUUUACAAAUGAAAUAACUCAAGGAGCCAAAUUAUUUUGUUUCUCCGGCUUGACAUUGGGAGGUGAAUAUUUGAAGCGAGAAGUGCUUAAUCUAGCGCGCUUUGUUUCCGUUACGAAGUUUAAGACAAUAACUUGGAGGAAUGAGCAUGGCUAUAUAUUGGUUGAUCGGCUGGAAGACAAAACAGAGGAGUCAAAAGAUGAUACUAAAAGCAGAACUGUGGCUUUUUUUGGAUAUUUGCAUGGAACUUAUUUAAGGUUUCCACGAGGUGUAAACUUUAAGAUGCACUUGCCUGGCGUUGGAGAUAUUACUGUCAACCAUGUGGAGCAGUUACCAGAUCCCUGUCCGCUUCCAAAUAAGGAGGACGCUAGUAAAAGUCGAAAACGAAAGCUGUCAGAUAAGGAAAGAGCUAUUCACGCUCCAAUGGGCGAAGUUUCGGGUAUUUCUUAUGAUCAAGACGCCAUAUAUAUCAAUCUUCCCAAUCAGACUGUUCGGUUGACUGGUGAUAUUGAACCAGAAAGUGAAGGAGAAGUGAUGAUCCGUAAUUUGCAGCGAAUAAAGAGUUCAAUGGAUGAUAAACUACAAAGUGGGAAAUUGGAUAUCCUUCGACAGAGCCUUUUGGACCAAAAUUCAAAAGAUCUUUUGGAUUCUAAAAAAUUUCUUGAAGAAUUUGCUUCAGAUAUCGAUAGCCAAGAAGGAAGCAUGGAGAAUAGCUUGGAUGAAAUAUUCGAUAACAAAGAUGAAGAUCCAAUGGCAAAUGAGUUUAAGAGUGAAAACGUCGGUUUUGAGUCCAGAGACGAAAAUGAUGGUAUUGUUGAAAAAUGGAAACUUGCAAAGGAUGAUUUUCAGCUUGACACUCGUCCAAAGAAUUUGACAAAGUGGAUAUAUGAUAAGAGACUAGCUCCCACUGAAGUAUGCCUUAAAGACUUGGGUAGUUUCAUAUUCAGUGGAAGUGAGGAAGCAGACUGCAGUAAAUUUAUUGCUUCCAAGUCGUGGGACUUGCUGAACAACUCCAGUCUUAAGCGACGAUUUUCGAACAGUGAGUUAGUGGAGGAAAACUCAAAUCUGUCAGCUGAGAGCGAUGAUGGCUAUUUCACUGCAGACGCGUGCGAGGAUUCUUCAAAUGAUGACUCAGAACUUGACAGUGAAACUUGCUCUGAUGUAGGAUUAGAUGAUUCAAGCCCUGAAGUAGAUAAUGAAGAUGCCACGUCGGUAGAUUCACAAGAAAAACGAAUGAGGAAGAAGACUGAAAAGAAAAUACAGUUUGACGCUGCAUAUGACGCAGAUGCUUUGGACAAAUACUCUUCAGACGAAGAUGUUUCGUUUGAUCAAGCUUUGAAACUAAAACUUGCUGAGCGGGAAUCGAAAAAGAAGCAGAAGCUUGCCACUUUGGAUGAAGAAAGCCGUCAGAUGAUGGAAGGCUUUCCACCAGGCUCAUAUCUUCGUCUUCAAGUUGAUGAUGUUCCUGAAGAUUUUCUGCGCUAUUUUAAUCCAUUCGCGCCGAUACUAUUGGGAGCUGUUAAAAUUGGAGAAGAACAAUUUUGUCAUAUAAGAGCCAGACUGAAACGGCACCGUUGGAGAAAGGGUCUGUUAAAAUGUGGUGAUCCACUGAUUUUCUCCAUUGGAUGGCGACGUUUUCAAUCCAUUCCUGUUUAUUCUAGUGAAGAUCAAAAUGGAAGAAAUCGUUACCUGAAGUAUACACCGGAACACUUACAUUGUGAUGCUACGUUUUUUGGACCUCGAGUGGCCUUGGGUACUGGAGUCAUUUGUUUUCAAAGAUUGGAUGGUCCAAAUACGAGCAAUUUUAGAGUUGCAGCUAGUGGAUAUAUUUCUGAAGUCAGUGGAGACUUCAACAUUGUAAAGAAGUUGAAGUUGAUUGGAGAACCCCUCAAAAUAUUUAAGAACUCGGCAUUUGUUCGGGGCAUGUUUCAUUCGGACUUGGAAGUAUCGAAAUAUCUUGGUGCGAAGAUUAGAACUGUUUCUGGUAUUAGAGGAGCCAUCAAGAAAGCUUUGAAGAGUCCUCCUGGUGCCUUCCGAGCAACUUUUGAGGACAAAAUUCUUAUGAGUGAUAUCGUUUUUUUGCGUGCGUGGGUAAAGGUAGCCGUGGAGUCUUAUUGUGUCGAUGUUCAAGACCGUUUAUGCCCUCCUUCGGUAGAAAUCCGUCACCUAAUGAAAACUUUGAGAGAGUUGCGUGUAAUGCAACAAAUCCCUAUUCCAACAAAUGAUGACUCGGAAUAUCGCAAAAUUGAUGAAAGACCCGCACAGCGUAACUUUCGACCUUUCCAUAUUCCUCGUUCUUUACAAGCGACUUUACCGUUUUCCAGCAAACCAAAGCAAAUAUCUGCAAAGGAAAAGCAGCGGCGCAGUAACUUAGAAAAGGUAAUGUCAGCAGUGACGGAUCCCGAAGAACGAAAAGAACAGAAAACGUUUCAGAUGCUAAAUACUAUUCGAAAUGAGCGAACCAAGAAAAGAGAAAUGGUCAGCAAGGCGCGUUUGGAAGCCAAACGAAAGGACAUGGAAAAACAGGAGGCAGAACGACAGCAGCGGAUUGACGAAAGAAGAAAACGCAGAUACAAAUCACGAGGAGCAGCAAGGAAACGACAAAGAACAAACGACUAACUUUUUGACUGAGCUAGGAUUCGUAUAUGUUAGGACUAUAGUAUCACGAGACUUUGUCAUUUACGUUGUUUAGAACGCAGAUGUUCACUUUUGCACAGCAUUUUUACAUUGAAA